AUGAUUGUUUCAUUUGGUGAUGCAACAACAAGAACUUCCGAAGUUCAAUUGGUUAGGUGUACUCAAGGUCUAAACCUUUGGAAGCUGCAUCAAGUUCAUGCCGUUUACAAAAGAGUUGUCCAUGAUACCUUAGGUGCCGAUGAAGGUAAUGCUUUACUCGAUCAAAUUUUGGCUGACACGAAUCUAUAUCCACCUUGGAUGUGUGUUCUUUUAUAUGCAUUUUGUUCCGCUAUGGUCACUCCGUAUGCCUUUGGUGGCGAUUGGGUAAACCUGGCAAUCUCAUUUUUUAUGGGGCUUUGUGUGGGGUCAUUACAAUUUAUUCUUUCACAAAAGUCAUACAUGUAUUCAAACGUCUUCGAAAUUUCUGCAUCUAUUGUCGUUAGCUUCUGCGGUAGAGCUUUUGGCUCUAUCCCUCGUUCUCACAUCUGCUUUGGUGCAGUUACACAAGGCUCAUUGGCAUUAAUCCUGCCAGGUUAUAUUAUUCUGUGUGGUGCACUAGAACUGCAAAGUCGAAGCCUAGUUGCUGGCGCGGUCCGUAUGUUCUACGCCAUUAUUUAUUCUUUGUUUUUGGGUUUUGGCAUAACAUUGGGCUCAGCUUUGUUUGGAUGGAUGUAUCACAAUGCCACUAACGAAAUUUCAUGUCCUCAAUUAAUUUCUCCGUGGUUCAGGUUCCUCUUCGUUCCAGCGUUUACCAUUAGUAUCUCGUUAUUAAAUCAAGCACACAUCUCACAACUGCCAGUUAUGGUCUUCAUUUCUUGCACCGGUUAUGUCGUAACAUAUUGGGCCGGUAAGCAUUUUGCGAAUUCGACAGAGUUUACUGCCGCCUUAGCUGCAUUUGUCAUAGGUGUUUUAGGUAAUCUAUAUUCCAGAAUUUGGAAAGGUUUAGCGGUAUCAGCUAUGCUUCCCGCAAUCUUCGUUCAAGUGCCAUCUGGUAUUGCUUCACAAAAUUCGUUGUUGUCUGGGUUGCAAAGUGCAAAUACAAUUGUUAAUGCUAAUGAAACCAUUACGACAAGCACCUCCGAUCCAUCGUCCUCAAUGUCAUUUGGUAUGACAAUGAUUCAAGUUUGUGUCGGUAUUUCUGUGGGACUAUUUGCUUCUUCACUCUUUGUCUACCCCUUUGGUAAAAAGAAAACUGGUCUUUUCAGUUUAUAA